AUGGCUUCUCAGUUACUUCCUCUUGAGCUCAUUGAUAAGUGCGUUGGCUCCCGAAUUUGGGUUGUCAUGAAGGGUGACAAAGAGUUCUCCGGGACCUUGCUCGGAUUCGAUGACUACGUCAACAUGGUUAUGGAAGACGUGACAGAGUUCGACUACACCGGUGCCCAAAUCAAGCUCCCUAAGCUCUUGUUGAAUGGAAACAAUAUCUGCAUGUUGAUUCCCGGCGGUGAAGGCCCCGUGGCAAGCUCAUGA